AUGGUUGCAUCAGCACAGUGUUCAGACUCUGAACAUCUAUGUUCGAUAUAUAUCGACAUAGAUAUUCCUAUGGACAACACAUUAGCAUCGAUUAAAAAGAAAUUAGAAGAUAAUAGUAAUUCUAAAAAGGUUGCAGCUUUGGAACAAAUUAUACUUCUGCUUCUGCGCGGCGAGGAUGUAUCGUCUCUAUUGAUGUCAAUCAUACGCUUUGCUGUUCCAUCUAACCAUCACCGUCUGAAAAAAUUAGUCCAUUUAUUCUUUCAAAUCUUUGACAUGUGUAAACCAGAUGGCACUGUUAGAGACGAACUUAUACUCGUAUGCAAUGCAUUAAGGAAUGAUCUGUGCUCACCAAAUGAGUUUGUUAGGGGAUCUGUGUUGAGACUUCUAUCAAAAAUAAGACACCUGAACCUAAUACAACCAUUGGUUCCAUCAAUUAUUGAUAACAUUAAACAUCAUGAACCAUAUGUUUACAGAAAUGCUCUACUCUGUUUAACAAGUAUUGCUGAAAAUUUUGGUUCCGACCUUGUAUUGGCUUCCUUCAAUCACAUUGAAGCUUUUAUCACAACUUGUGACGAUGUUUCUGGGAUAUUGAGAUGCUACGAAUUAUUGGAAGUUUGCGAUAUUUCUAUGUGUGUACAAUACAUAUUGGGUAUGGAGAACAUGUUACUAAAUUUGUCUCCAGUUGUUCAUCUGGCUAUACUAUCAUCAUUUUUUAGCCUAAGUAAUAUAAACGAACAAAUAAAGGAACUGAUGAUGAGGGUGUUUAUUAUGAUACUGGAAAAUUCCAACGAUAAUUCAGUGCUUUUUUCUGGGUCAGAUAUUAUUGUUCGCAUGAGUGUUACACCUUUACACGUUCGCAAGGUUGCAGCAAAAUCACUGGUAAAGAUAUUAUUAAAUGAGUCAGAUUUAAAUGUGAAGUUAAUUGUAAUUUCAAAACUACGUGGAUUAUACACAAAAUCAUCGCUGGCCAAUGAUGCACCAAAUGUAUUAGAAGAUCAUGUUAUGGAUUUGAUAAGAGGGCUGACCUGUACCAAUUUCCAUGUAACAUACGGCUUGCUGUCAUUGGUUUUGCGUUCACUUAAUAGGCAAAAUGUUAGCGAACUUCUUUCUUGCUUUAAGCGCGAAUUCAUAAAGAUUGAUGAUUCAUCAAUUUAUACCGUGGAUCAAACCUCAAAAUAUCGUAUUAUAUUAAUAAAGGCCAUUCAUCAUACCUGUGGAGUUUAUCCUGAACACAGUAGUAUUGUUUAUGACACAUUGCUAUCGUUUUUAUCUCAUAAUCACGUUCAAACAGCUAUAGAUAUCGCCUUGUUUUUUAAGCAAUUGACGGAACUAUUGCCACAACUGAGGGAAAUAACUAUUAGAAAACUCUUGCAAGUACUUGAUACAAUUCCUCACACGGAUGUAUUAUCAAUCUGUUUCUGGAUAAUUGGUGAAUUCUCUGCCGAAAAAGAGUUAGCCUCGUUUUCUUGUAAUUAUAUCUACGAUAUACUAUCGCCAUUCCCAAUUGUAAGCAACCUACAGGCUAUAAAUUCAAUUGAUGAAUCUGUUAGUCAAGUAGUCACUCCCUCUAUAACGACAACUACUGUAAUAUUAGAAGAUGGUACAUAUGGUACAGAAAUUUUGAGUGUUGAUGCAAAUAAUGCAAAUGACAAUAUGCGCCGUGUUCUGAUCGACAAAUCCGAUCCACUUCUGUAUAAUUCAAUAGGGCAUUCUCUACUAAAGAUGGCGUUAAGAUGCAACGAUAAGGAUAUUGUAGCAAAGAUUGCCUUGAUCGUAGGGAACUUGACACAACUAUUGCAAUCACCUACUAAUCUGCAGGUUUACUCGUUAAAACGACUCAAAACUAUAUUAACAUUGUUGGUUGGCUUGUUAAAAGACAAUGAAAAGUAUGCCAAACUAUCUUUGAAAUAUAUUGACUUGUCUAAAUCUGGCUCAAAGGUUUCUUCAGUUACAGCACAACAUGUUACAGACUUUGAUCUUGAUAUAAGUUUCCCAUCUAUAUUUACUUCCACAUGUAGCAAGGAUGAUGACUGGAUCAUCGAUGACGCUAUAUACAAUGAACAGAUUAAUAUAUUAAAUGAUUUUGAUAUUGAUGAACUCACGCUUCCUUCUAUAACUACAAUCCAAGACAAAUCAUCUUUGGAUACCUACAGAAACAUUCACCAAUUUACAUCAAUCUCUGACCCAUUAUAUGUCGAGGGUAUGUCGAAAAUAAUAGGGACAAAAAUGUACAUUACUAUAUUGAUAGAAAAUAUGAGCAAAGAACUGUUGCAAAACGUUACCGUUGAAUUGUCCACUGGGGACAAUUUGGAAAAACUAUCACCAAUACCAGUACUAACAUUACCGUCCGGUGGCAGUAGUGUUAUUGAGGUAAAUUUUAGAAUAAAGUGCAGUGAAGAUGAUGCGAUAUUUGGAUAUGUCUACUUCAACAAGUCCAAAUCCUCGUUGCAAGAUUGCUUACCAUUUAAUCCAAUGCGCAUUUCAAUGUACGACUACAUUGUACCCAGCUUUAUUUCACCAUCUGUAUUCCGCAGCUACUGGGCUGACUUCGAGUGGGAACACAAAAUAAAGCUACAUCCAAUAUCUCAUAAACCACUGGAACUAUUAUAUAAAGUGCUUGAGGCCACACACAUGACAGUUGUUGGUCACAUACCUCCAUCACACAUUCAGAAUUCGUUUGGAUCAAAUUCUUUCAACAAUCAGGAGUAUUUUACGCAAUACAUCAACUAUCUUUCGGCAUUGCCCGAGAUUGCCGCGUUAGCGGACGACUCUUCUUUCUUCGCAGUGAAUCUAUUCGUGAAAACAAUAUACGGUGAAGAAGCUCUAGCUAAUCUUAGCAUAGUAAGAAAGGACCAAGAUGUAUACUCGGGAUGUUUUAGAAUCCGCAGUAGAACACAAAAUGUUGCCCUUGGCUUGGGUGAUCGCAUUGCUAUUGUACAACGCGCCAUUGCCAUUUAACAUGACGACACAUAAAUUUUAAAGACAAUC